AAAUGUAACUCAUGUUUACUCUUGAUUGUGGUGCAACUUGUGUUUACUCGCUUGGAGACGAGUCCAGGCUCGUAGUGUUUCAGCGGGCCCGGUAUCCCCGGCCUCUCAUUCUCCUGUUUACAGAUUAGAAAGAGCCAAAGUCCGACCCGCCUCCUCUUCCCCUGACUUGACUUCCCUCCUUCGCUUCUCCCGGGUAUCGCCUCUCGCCUCCCGAACCGGAUUCGUUACCAACAUUUCUGCAUUACCAGCAAUUCUGUGGGUCGGGACUUCCUCGCCUUGUGUCUUUCACCCCUGAAAUAUGGUGCUGCAUCUGCAAUCCAACCUCACCCUUUCGCAGGGGGCCAGGCUGAUGUUUUACGCCUUAACCCCCAGCGAAACCACAUUCAGAGAAGUGGAGGAGGUCCAGGACUAUGUCCAGCAGGCGACACCCUAUUUUGUGGGCCUGAUGAUCAUUGAGCUGGUUGUCGCUUGGUUUCACAAGGGCAAAACUGUAUUCCGAAUAAAUGAUGCACUAACUUCCAUCAGUGCAGGCAUCUUGUCAAGACUGCCAGAGCUACUGGGUCGAGGCAUUGAGCUGACUGGCUACAUUUACAUCUGGAAGAAUUUUAGACUGUUUGAACUCCCGUGGGAUUCUGCCUGGACAUGGUGGUUGGCAUUUUUAGGAGUUGACUUUGCUUACUACUGGCUCCAUCGAAUGUCUCAUGAAGUGAAUAUGUUGUGGGCAUCACACCAAGUUCAUCACAGCUCUGAAGACUACAAUCUGUCUACAGCCCUCCGGCAGUCUGUAUUACAAAAGUAUUUUUCCUGGAUUUUUAACCUUCCAAUGGCUCUCUUCAUCCCUCCCUCAGUUUUUGCAGUACAUCUUCAAUUUAACCUGUUGUAUCAGUUCUGGAUUCACACAGAGAUAAUUGGUAACCUUGGGCCUCUGGAACUGAUCCUCAACACACCCAGUCACCACAGAGUCCACCAUGGACGGAACCAUUACUGCAUCGACAAGAAUUAUGCUGGAACUCUUAUCAUUUGGGACAGGAUUUUUGGUACUUUUGCGCCAGAGAAUGAGAAAGUGAUCUUUGGCUUGACUCACCCAAUCAAUGCAUUCGAACCUCUCUGGGUGCAGUGCCAUCACUUGCUUUACGUUUGGAAGACAUUUUGGGCAACCCCUGGCAUAAGCAACAAGAUGUCUGUCCUCUUCAAAGGACCAGGAUGGCAACCAGGCAAACCCAGACUUGGGUGUCUUGAAGACAUUCCCACAAUUAGUGGAAAUGAAAUGCCACACAAUCCCCAAAUCCCUGUUUGGCUUCAACUGUAUGCAGUUCUACAUUUUAUCUUCAUUCUGGGUGUUUAUCUACACAUAUUUGCUAACAAGUCUGUUCUAUCAGAAUUCACAAUCCUCUUGGGAAUUGGAUAUGUAAUACUCACGUUGAGUUCUGUUGGACUGAUGAUGGAGAACAGAUCUGGUGUAGCUAUUAUGGAAAUCAUCCGAUGCUGUCUUUUCCUUUUUCUUGAGCUUGGUUCCAUGACUGGUCCUUUAAAACUAGUGACUGAACAUAUUUUGAUAUAAUCUCGACUUGUACCUGCGUUCUUCAAACAGUUCAAUGACAUUAUUUUCAAAGCUCAUCAGAUCUCUUGGAAAUUUUAAACACUUAAAGAUUUUAUUCUGUGAACCUAAUGCAUAAUAAAACCAUGCAGAAUUUUGUCAUUUGAAGUUGAGGUAAUGCAGUGAGCUCAUUGGAUGGCAUAAUAUCUACCAUGUGCUGGGAUGAGCUUCCCUUGCAUUCACCUGCAUCCCAUUUGAUUAUCCAUGCAAGUAAGAAGUUAGGCGAGUUACUUGGUGAAUCGUUUGGCUGGUGAGACAGAUGUUCUUGCAAAGCUUUCCCUGUUUGAAGUCUCUGGAUCCAUGUGUGAACUCCUUCAGAUGCUGCACGCGAGGAAGCCUUCCACUUGUGGUGGUCUCCCAAAACAGUGGCUAUAAAGAAGGCCAAACAGGUUCCAAAGUUGGAGGACAUUGCCAUGCAGCCACUGAUGGACAAGAAUAAUCGCUAGGAGGUCUGUUUGAUAUGAUUUUUGACCCUUGUUUAAUUUAUUAUGCUGACAUUACUUUCACCAGCUCAACAAGAGAAAAAGAGUUCUCAAAGGCUCCAGAGAUUUUGCUCACACUGUUACCAUUAAAAAGUUGUGCCUCAAAAAUUCAUUAUUUUAUUUCAAACUAUGUACUGUUUUUUAAAAAUUUUACCAUGUUUUCUUUCUGCCUACUGAAAUUUUCACAUUUUCUGACGUUUCGACCUCCAGCAUGGAGUUUCUGAGAUAAAGAGGAAUCUAAUCCCAGCAUUUCAAAUCUGUGUAGUUCUAUUGCAAAAUAUUUUUCUGACCACAUUUGCUCUUCAGAACCACAUCUUCCUAGCACCUAAUAAAUGCAUAGUAAUGUAAAUGCUGGAAAUCAGAAAUAAGAAGUCAGAAAGUGGUGGACAAAAUCAGCAGGUCUGGCAGCAUC